CCCUUGCUCCUGCCUGCGGUCACAUCUUAUUGCCAGAACUUCAGUGACGCGGUUACACUGGAUUUCUGUUAUUCAUUCACGCUCUGCGUCAUUUUCUUUGUUUAAUUACGUUUAUUUUGCUUAACAUCUCUUACAGAGGGGUGCCGUAUUUUGUAUCCUUGCUCGCAGCCAAUUUGGAGCCGUUUUUUUAAUGUUUUGUAGCCCGCGGUAGAAAGCACUGAUCAUCAGCCCGCAUUAAGACCUUUCAGCUUUAAGGAUACGAGUCUUAUUUAGAAACGGUUAGCUAGGCCAAUUAUCAGGUAGAUAGGCUAUUAGCUGUGCACACGUCUUUCUACGCUUAACCGCUAUAGGCUACUUAUUAUUAUUUAUCCGUUUUAUUCUGUUGUAGCAAGAUAAUUCCCGUCCGUGUUCAUGCCAGAUCUGCAGCGCUUUAGUUUUCCAUACCAUAGCAUGAAUCCUUUGUUGGGUGCCAACACGCAUCUCCAACAGCAUCAGAGUCAAGCUCCCGGACACCCGGACUCUCCUUCAGGCCUCCUGUCAGACACCGUUUUUGGUGGACCGGAUCCGACGUCCUUCUUUCUUGGUGAGCAGCACGGACAGGGGCCCGAUCAUCCGGGGCCUGACUUCACCGCAUCCUCACAGACUUCCCUUUACCUCCACCAUAACCACAGUCACUACCAGCACCUCGCUGUGCCACAUCCUCCCGCAGCCAUGGCUCUCAGAAACGACUUGGGAUCCAACAUCAGCGUUCUCAAAACUCUCAAUCUGAGGUUCAGAUGCUUUUUGGCAAAGGUACACGAAUUAGAGCGCAGGAAUAAGAUUUUAGAGAAACAGUUACAACAGGCGCUGGACGACAACAACUGCUGUCAAGGUGGAUGCGGUAAGGGCAGGGGGCACACCCAGGAGGCAGGUGUACAGACCGGAUUUAUCGAGACCAUCCCGCUCAGGCCCGGAUCCCUCCCAUUCCACAACACCAACAACUCAGCCAGGAGGCCUACAACACUGUUCACACCACCUCUCACAACAGCAUCCGCAGAAAACACCAGUUCAACCCAAACAAUUGCCACUUGUAACCCAGCCAUCACCAUCAGCCAGGCCUCUCCCUGUGUCGACUCCCCUGGCUCUGGCUCUAAAAGUUUGGCCAGCACCAGCGCAGGUCCGGGGAGCUCCACCAAUCCCCCUCCACGGUUCCUCCCAGGCACUAUCUGGUCCUACAACCACAGCCGGAAGUUUGGCCCUGGCGCGGAGCGUCUGACCAGCCCUGGAGUGUCCUGGGUGCACCCUGAUGGAGUCGGGGUCCAGAUUGACACCAUCACCCCUGAGAUAAGAGCCCUGUAUAAUGUGCUUGCCAAAGUGAAGAGGGAGAGAGAUGAGUAUAAACGCAGAUGGGAAGAAGAAUACACUAUGAGGAUGGAUCUGCAACAGAAAAUUGGGGACCUACAAGAGGACUUGCAGGAGAGUGAAGGCUGUCAGGACGAACUGGCACUCAGAGUUCAGCAGCUGAAGGCAGAGCUGGUUCUCUUCAAAGGUCUCAUGAGCAAUAACUUCACAGAUUUGGACAGUAAGAUCCAGGAGAAAGCCAUGAAGGUGGACAUGGACAUCUGCCGCAGGAUUGACAUCACCGCUCGUCUCUGUGAUGUAGCUCAGCAAAGGAACUGUGAAGAUGUGAUCCAGAUGUACCAGGUUCCUAACAACCAAUCAUCCCUAAACUGCCGCCGGAAACAUACUCCUCUGUCCUUCAAUGGAAGCGAGUGUGACGAACCCGUCAGCACCUCUGAAAGUGACGGGGGUGGGGUCAAAGACGAGGAGCACUGUGGCUCAUCAGCUAAUCAGAUCAAUGAGGAGAUGCAGAGGAUGCUGAACCAACUUCGUGAAUGUGAGUUUGAGGAUGAUUGCGACAGUCUGGCCUGGGAGGAGACUGAAGAGACGCUGCUUCUUUGGGAGGACUUCCCAGGAUGCACUCUGCCUUCUGACCCCACCCACCCACCAGGAGAGGAAGACUGUCUGGAAAAGGUGAUUAAUGACACAGAAUGUCUUUUCAAGUCCCGAGAGAAGGAAUACCAAGAGACAAUUGACCAGAUUGAGCUGGACCUGGCCACAGCAAAGAGUGACAUGAACCGACACCUCCACGAGUACAUGGAGAUGUGCUCGAUGAAGAGAGGCCUGGAUGUUCAGAUGGAGACCUGCAGAAGACUUAUCACACAGAGUGGAGACCGUAACUCUGCGGCGCCAACGUCUGCUGAGGACGGUGACCAGAGAGAAAACGACAGGUCUUCGUCCUCUCCGCCUUCCUCCAGUGCUGGGAGAUCUUGACACUUCCUCUCUCCGGCAGUAACAGGGCCUGUGGUCACGUAACCUCCACUGCAUCCAGCUACAGUACUACACGGACGUAAUACACACCUGUAACUAUGGCAACACCAUGUUUACAUAAGAACCUCUUUUAUUUACAGAGUCAUAUUGUAAAUUCUUCCUGCUGUCCAUGCAAGUCAACUUUGGUUUGACGAGACCUUAGCACUGAAACUGAACUGAACACUGAAACUAUGAUUGAAUAGCUGAGCUGAAUUGUUGUCAUUACUACUUCAUGCAGACGGUUCAUUGCCCUGCAUAGAGGAUAGGUGGGACCUUGUCAUCUUGUGUUUGAAAGCUGUAGUCAAGAAAAUUAAUCUAAUAAUGGAUUGUCCUGUUGAGAUUCAGAAAGUUGUGUAUCCUGAAUUUAUUAUAAGUAAAGGGGCUGAUGUUCUUGCAGUGCAGUGCAGUAAACUACAGGAAAGCAUAGCAUGACUUAUUCAAUCCAAACACAGUAAAAACACUUGAUAACCCGGGCAUCUGAUGCUUAUCAAGCAAAUACGUGUGGUAAGGUUAGAGUCCACUCCACACAUAU